UGUUGACCCGGUAUUUCCGGAAAUGGCGGCCUAAUGGCGGAGCUGCAAAACUCGGGCCCUCCGGGCGGUAACGGUGCCAGUGCUCCCGGGUCCGGCGACAAAACAGCCAACAAAUGGGUUCGGCUGAACGUGGGCGGAACGUAUUUUGUCAGCACUAAGCAAACCCUGUGUAGGGACCCUAAAUCCUUCCUGUGCCGCCUGUGCCAGGAGGAUCCGGACCUGGACUCGGAUAAGGAUGAAACUGGUGCCUAUCUUAUAGACAGAGACCCGAGUUACUUUGGCCCGAUCCUUAACUAUCUGCGACAUGGCAAGCUGAUCAUUAACAAGGACUUGGCAGAGGAAGGAGUGCUGGAGGAGGCGGAGUUUUAUAACAUUGCAUUACUUGUUCGAUUGGUCAAAGAACGCAUUAGGGACCUGGAAAAUAGGACCUCACAGGGUCCAGUUAAACACGUUUACCGUGUCCUGCAAUGUCAGGAGGAGGAACUAACCCAGAUGGUUUCUACAAUGUCGGAUGGUUGGAAAUUUGAGCAGCUCAUUAGCAUUGGAUCCUCCUAUAACUAUGGCAAUGAAGAUCAGGCUGAAUUCCUUUGCGUUGUCUCCAGGGAACUGAAUAACUCGACCAAUGGAAUUGUCAUAGAGCCCAGUGAAAAAGCCAAGAUUCUGCAAGAGCGAGGCUCGAGAAUGUGACCUUACUGGAUCGUAAUUGCUAUUUACAUUCUGAACCUUGAAGAGGAAUCUUCCACUUGCUGGGGGCACCAAACCUUUGCCAUACUCUGACACUGGCCUCGAUGCUUUCAGUUCACAUGAGCCUCCUUGAUCAGUGGGCUCAUUUUACUGAAGAACUCAACCUCUCUGCCUUUCGCUUGAAGCCUAUGAGAGGCUCACAGCUCUUCUCUCAAGAAUUAAGUGUAAAAGCUGCCAAAUCUCCCUGUGUUAUGGUUUGUUGUUGUGUAAUGUAUAUAUAUUCAACCAAUGCAUUUAAUUGCCUUUAAUGGACCUGCGAUGUUGCUCAUUCCUUGGUGACGAGGAAGCAGAGCCACGGUUGUUUUAUUGAGUCUGCUUUGUGAGAAUUCCUUUCUGUUCUUCCUAUGGACCAUUGUGUGCAUGGAUUUCACUCAGUGACUUUAAGGUGGGUUUUGAGGGGAGGGGAAGGAUACAGUAUUGUAAUUAUUGAGUAAACACUUAAUUAUGUGAAAUUCCACAAUUCUUGUUAAUGUUUUUUUCUCUCUCUUGGGUCACUGUACUUUUGAGACAAUGAUGUGAUGAUUAAACCACUUAGUAUUGCCA